AUGCUUACUUUCAAAAUGAGCUUAGACGUUACUCGCAGGCCUUAUGAAGCAGAUGUGGGGCGAUGUGUAGAAACGUGCAACGCGUCUGACACCGUCACCAUCAAAGCUCUUCCUGAGAAGAUGUCCUAUGGUUCUUCUUCCUGUAACCCAACUGAGCUGACCAGCAGAAGUUAUCCCCUCAUUGGUGAGUCAAAGUACAAGACCGCCAUUUCCAAGUGUGGCUAUCAACAUACCUCUGGCGGCUGCAGUCGCCAAGCUUUGUUCAAAUCCUUCUUUAACGGAACAUCAUACAGUCGUCGUCAUGAUACAGGUGUCUGCCUUGGCUCUUGUGGAAACAGUGGACAUGCCUGCAAAGCCAUUGACAGCGUAAUGAUUGGCAUAAAAGGGCCAAAUGGAGAAGGGGAACUAACUGUUCGUGUUAUUAAGAAGUGUGGUUGUGUGAACCCAAUUUGCCAUCGCGUUGCGUUUCGUGAAGUUUUCAAGAGGAAGACGGGUAAAGCGUGGAUCCAAGAGGAAAAAGACGUUGGAAUGUGCGUCGGUACUGGUUGCCCGAGGGACUGUAUUCGCUGUUUCUUCGGGAACAAGUAUUGUGACGAUAAUUGCCUGGUUUAUCGCGAGAGAACCUGUAUCGCUACCAACUACACUACAGAAUAUGUUCACACUGGCGAUCACGAAGAAAAGAAGAUCUACACUAUAACUGAAUGUGGAUGCAAGUAGAGAAGAAGAAGGGGAGGUCACUAUUUCAUGAUAUCCCUCGGAUUACGAUGUUGACGAUAACUUCCCAAAAAUAGUUUGAGUAGGGUAAAGGUAGUGCGAUGCAAAUACCUUGUUCCUUCUAUUUGUUUUGACGUUUUUGUUUUGUUUUCUUAGUUUUUGGUUCUUUUUCAGUUGUAUCUCUAUACAUGAAAAUAAAACCGCCAGUAAUGUAGAAGAGACAGAAAUUCUCCCUUUUUUCUUCUUUUUGAUAGAGUUAGUACAUUUCAUUUAAUUGAACAAAGAUUUUAAUCCAGUAAAAUUCACUACUUCUAAUGAAAAAACACUACGUUAUAUCUAGAGACUGUGACGUAUCCACUGUCCUCUUGUCGCAACUAUUUUCAAAUACACAAAUUUUAAAAAAAAUCCAAAACGGUAUUAAAAAAAAACAAAACAAAAGGAACAAUUGAGUUAUUUGCAUCGCACUAUUUUAGUGAAAGUCUUGCUUAUACAGAUUGAAAUCAGAUUUUUUUUAUUAUAUUACCUUCUUUAGGAGAGUGGUUUUAAGGAAAGCAACAACGUGUUUUUCUGACGAAUCAACUUUUCGAAGUUUAGGCUUCAGGCUUUUUUAUGUUGGUUAGUUAGUUUGUUUUUGUCAGCCUUUGUUUUCUUUUACACCAAAAUAUUACAGUACAAAUCGGAUGUAAUAGAUGAACUAAUGGAUUUUUUAGGUGCGCAAAAAAAGUCAUCUUUUCCACUGUAUGUUUAAAUCUCUUUUUAUUUCUCACCUCUGCUCCUACUAUUCCUUCUUAUUUCGUUUAUGUAUUUGUCUUCUUUUGGUUACCUUUUUUUCUUGUGGCAAAAGUCUCUACCGACUGCAUUUUGCAUCAGUUGUUUCUAUGUUUAAUAUGGAGAGGAAGUAGUAAAAAUUAGUUUUGACUUGUCUCGGGUCUUAUCUGUGGAACAUUUUAAGAGUAUUGGUACACUUUAGCGUUUUUUGACUUUCAACUUUUUCCAUAGUCAGUAGUUUGUAGGUCUCAAGCAAAUGAGUUUUCAAAUCAUCCCAGGAUUUUUUAGGAGUUUGUUGGUGUUUUUUCAGUCAGCUUCAUUGUAAAGAAUAUUGUACUGAACUUGGUUUGAAAGUUUAAGUAAGUAGUGUCGAGACUGUGUUAACUGAUUACGCUGCAGGUUAAAUAAAGCAAGACAAUGAACAUUCAAAAG